UCUCAACUAAGUUGAAUCUAUCAUCUUCUUUAAGAACAUCAGAAGUGGAGUCAAUGUCAGGAGGGGCGUGAACAACUAACUAAUCAAUCACCAUUUUUACAGAUUCGCAGUUUUGGGAACUGCAAUUUUGUUACCAAAGAGAAACACAUGAGAAGUUAUACAAUGGAGGAGGAGCAACCGCAAUAAAAACAGCGGAAGGGACGCAAUGUUGUCAAUGGAAGAAGCGGUGAAGAGAUGGGUUGUGAAAUUAUCAAAGUGGGAUCCACACCCCUCUGACUUCUCCUUCGCUCUCUCCCUCCUUCCGUCCCAUGAACACUCCUCUGUUACCAGGUUUGUUAAAUUGGAAGACAGGAAACGUGCUCUUGUCAGCCGCAUGCUUCAGUACGUUCUUGUUCAUGAUGUGUUACAAAUCCCAUUUCCUGACAUUGUCAUAAAACGAACUCUGGAAGGCAAACCCUAUUUGGAGUAUGAUGAUCUUAGAUUCCCAAAUUUUAAUUUCAAUGUAUCACAUCAUGGUGACUAUGUGGCCAUAGCAUCUGAACCUGUAUGUCUUGUGGGGGUAGACAUUGUCUCAUAUGAUGUUCCACAGAGAGAAUCAAUUACAGAAUUCGUUCAACUCUUCUCAUCAUACUUUUCAUGUUUGGAAUGGAAUAACAUAAUCAUGGCUGGCACUUCUGAUGAUGUAUUAAUUGAAUUUUACAGGUAUUGGAGCCUAAAAGAAGCAUAUGUUAAAGCUAUUGGGAGUGGAGUGUCUGAAGGGUUGAAUAAAGUAGAGUUUUCUCACACAAGAUGGACUGAUAUAUCAGCUAAAGUGAAUGGAAAGGUUAUGACACAGUGGAGAUUUUGGCUGUUCGAACUUGGAGAAAGACAUUGUAUUUCUACUCUAAAGGUUUCAAUUGCGAGAGUUCACCCAAUAUCAGCUGCUAUGAGUUACAAAAGAACAUUGAAGAAAGUGGACUUUACGGAAGAUGAAUAUACUCAAGGUCUUCAUCUUCCAAAUGUAGACUUUGUUGAACUAGGAAUAGAACAACUUAUUUCAACUUUACAGAAAACUCUGUAAAAAGAUUUGUACACAUUGAUGAAAAUAUUAUCAUUUUAAAAAUAUUGUAUUCAAUCCAAAUAAGCUCUUUUUUUA